ACCCGUAUAACCAACACAACAGCAUCCACGAUGGCCGCCACUCCCAGCACUUCCGCGCUCAUCCUGCUCGACAUCCAAAAAAGGGCAUCAUGCUGGGCAACUUCCCGGAUAAGACACCGCAGUACCUCGCCCAGGCAGCCAAGGUCCUCGACGCCGUGCGCGCUGCCAACAAGACGGGCAACAAGCCGCCCACCACCAUCGUCCACGUCAACGUCGCCUUCCGCCCCGGCCGGCCCGAGCUCAACCCGGGAAGCAGCAUCGCCUCCCGGGUCAAAGACAUGCCGGCAAAUGUGUUCGUCGAGGGCGACCAGUCCGUCGCGCUUUUCGACGAGCUCACCAUCCCCGCCGCUGCCAAGUCGGAGGACGAGGAGCCAGCGAACGAGGUGUUCGUCACCAAGCGCCGCGUCUCCGCGCUCUCGGGCACAGACCUGCCCACGAUCCUGCGCGGGCGUGGGAUCAACCACCUCGUGCUGUGCGGCGUAGUCACGUCGGGCGCGGUGCUGUCGACGCUCCGCGAGGCGGCGGAUAUGGAUUACGGGCUGACUGUGCUUGGGGACCUGUGCAUGGACAGCGACGAGGAGGUGCAUCGCGUGCUGGUGGAAAAGGUGUUCACGAAGCAGGCGGAGGUUCUGACGGCUGAGGAGUGGGUUGCCAAGGAGUUUGCUUGAAGAGCUGACCGUGAUGGAUGGGCCGGAAGGUUUUGAGGGGUAGAGAGUGUUCGUGGCCGAUGUCUAAAUUUCAAGGAGUGUCCAGCCGACAUUUCCGCGCAUCCAGCUGUUGAUUCAGGCAGGCUCCGCGCGGAUCUUGUUCCGCACUGAACCUUGGAGGCAAAAGCUCAGAUCGAUGCAGGCUGUCACCUAGACUAGACCGUUGAUACAAUACACCGUCUUUGACAAUUCUCAACUCCAUUGGCGUGGGUUCAAACUCGUGAGGGCGAGGCAGGGUAUUCUGCCUGGCAGGAGUGCCAGGACUAUGCAGUAGUGCUGACGGAUGUUU